AUGAGCCCUUCCGCCGUUGAUGGCCCGGCCCAGCCCGAGGUCAUCAAGUCGCAGCUCAAGCCCAACAUUGGCGUCUAUACCAACCCCAAGCAUGACCUGUGGCUCAACGCAGCCGAGCCGACGGCUGAGAAUGUCAAGUCUGGCUCUGACCUCAAGCCUGGCGAGGUCACCAUCGCUAUCCGAAGCACCGGGGGGGGAAAUGGAAACAGCUCCGACGUACACUUCUGGCACGCAGGUUGCAUAGGCCCCAUGAUCGUCGAUGGCAACCACAUCCUCGGCCACGAGUCGGCCGGUGACGUUAUCGCUGUGCACCCCUCGGUCACGCAUCUCAAGAUCGGUGACCGCGUGGCCGUGGAGCCCAACGUCAUCUGCAACGAGUGCGAGCCUUGCCUGACGGGUCGGUAUAACGGCUGUGAGAAGGUGGCCUUCCUGUCGACGCCCCCGGUUCCUGGCCUGCUCCGCCGCUACGUCAAUCAUCCGGCCGUGUGGUGCCACAAGAUCGGCGACAUGUCGUACGAGGACGGGUCGAUGCUAGAGCCGCUCAGCGUGGCCCUGGCCGGGAUGCAGAGAGCCAAGAUGCAGCUAGGCGACCCGGUCCUCGUGGCAGGCGCCGGCCCCAUCGGCCUCAUCACCCUGCUGUGCUGCGACGCCGCCGGCGCCUGCCCCCUCGUCAUCACCGACAUCUCCGAGAGCCGGCUGGCCUUUGCCAAGUCGCUGGUGCCCCGCGUCAUCACUCACAAGGUCGAGCGCGGCACGCCCGAGGACGAGGCCAAGCGCAUCGUCCAGUCGUUUGGCGGUGUCGAGCCCGUCCUCACCAUGGAGUGCACAGGCGUCGAGAGCAGCAUCGCCACGGCCAUCUGGGCCAGCAGGUUCGGCGGCAAGGUCUUCAUCAUCGGCGUCGGCAAGAACGAGAUCAGCAUCCCCUUCAUGCGCGCCUCGGUCCGCGAGGUCGACAUCCAGCUCCAGUACCGCUACUGCAAUACCUGGCCCCGCGCCAUCCGCCUCGUCGAGAGCGGCGUCAUCGACCUCAAGAAGCUGGUCACCCACCGCUUCAAGCUCGAGGAUGCCCUCGAGGCCUUCGAGACGUCGGCUGAUCCCAAGAGUGGCGCUAUCAAGGUGCAGAUCCAGGCGUUUGACUAG